ACUGACUAACGUCUCUUCACCGCCGUUUACACCGCUUUUUCGCUCUCUCUCUCUCUAGCCUGUCUUAUCUGCGAUCUUUCUCUCUCUUCAUAAACUCCUUCACUCACCAUUGCAGCUCACGCUAAACGCCUGCUUCAAUUCCUCUCUCUAAAUGAGAGCAGGGAGGCCGGGCUGCCCGUUCUUCAAUUCUACCGUUUCAGCAUUUCAUUACCAAAGCCUCCCUGGUUCGAUAAUGGAGCUGCGAAUGUUCUUUGAAUACAGGAAGAACGUCUUUAUCUGCUCGUUGGUGGCUUUAUUCUUUGCGAUUCUCUGUCCUCUCGCAUCGCCGCUUACUGAUGAAGGAAAAGCGUUGAUGAGCAUCAAGUCGUCAUUCAGCAACGUAGCUAACGAGCUUCUCGACUGGGACAGUGUUCACAACGAUGAUGUCUGCUCUUGGCGAGGCGUGUUCUGUGACAACAUUACCCUAUCAGUUGUUUCCUUGAAUUUGUCUAGUUUGAACCUUGGUGGGGAGAUUUCGUCGGCCAUUGGAGAUUUGAGCAAGCUGCAGUCCAUAGACUUGCAGGGGAAUAGGUUGACUGGUCAAAUCCCAGAUGAGAUUGGGGACUGUAUUCAUCUGGCGCAUCUAGAUUUAUCUGGAAAUUUGCUUUAUGGAGACAUACCUUUUUCUCUGUCCAAGCUUAAACUACUUGAGUUACUGAAUCUGAGGAACAACCAAUUGACUGGUCCUAUCCCUUCAACCCUGACCCAGAUUCCUAACCUGAAGACUCUUGAUCUUGCAAAGAACCAGCUCACUGGGGAGAUCCCAAGGAUAAUCUAUUGGAACGAAGUAUUGCAAUACCUUGGUUUGAGAGGCAAUUUACUGUCUGGAACUCUGUCCCCUGAUAUGUGUCAGUUGACUGGCUUGUGGUUUUUUGAUGUAAGAGGCAAUAACCUUACUGGAACAAUUCCAGACAGCAUCGGUAACUGUACAAGCUUUGAGAUCUUAGAUAUAUCAUACAAUCAGAUCACAGGGGAGAUUCCAUACAACAUAGGGUUCCUACAAGUGGCCACACUGUCCCUUCAAGGGAAUAAGCUAACUGGGAAGAUUCCAGAGGUGCUUGGCUUAAUGCAAGCACUUGCAGUUUUAGAUUUGAGUGAAAAUGAACUGGUCGGGCCAAUACCACCAAUACUGGGAAAUUUAUCUUUCACUGGAAAAUUGUACCUCCAUGGAAACAAGCUCACUGGAUCAAUUCCACCUGAACUUGGGAAUAUGUCAAAGCUCAGCUAUUUGCAAUUGAAUGACAACCAGCUUGUUGGCAAGAUUCCUUCUGAACUUGGGAAGCUGGAGCAGCUGUUCGAACUGAAUCUUGCUAACAAUCAUCUUGAAGGACCAAUUCCACAUGCUAUUAGCUCCUGUACAGCACUAAACCAAUUCAAUGUGCAUGGCAACCAUUUAAAUGGAUCUAUUCCUUUGGGUUUCCAGAACCUCAGGAGUUUGACCUAUCUUAAUCUUUCAUCGAACAAUUUCAAAGGCAGGAUUCCUUAUGAGCUGGGGCGCAUUAUCAACCUUGAUACAUUGGAUCUUUCAAGCAAUGAUUUCUCAGGACGAAUUCCGGAUUCAGUUGGUGAUCUUGAGCAUCUUCUCACACUGAAUUUGAGCCGCAAUUAUCUUAAUGGGCCAUUGCCAGCUGAAUUUGGAAAUCUUAGAAGUAUCCAAGUUGUCGACAUCUCUUCCAACAAGCUUUCGGGUAGUAUUCCUGAAGAAUUGGGGCAAUUACAGAACAUUGAAUCUCUGAUACUGAACAACAACAAUCUGCAUGGAGAAAUUCCAGAGCAGCUAACCAAUUGCUUUAGCCUUGCCACCUUGAACGUAUCGUACAACAACUUGUCAGGUGUUAUACCUCCUAUGAAGAACUUUUCUCGUUUUUCACCUGAAAGCUUUAUUGGGAACCCAUUACUAUGUGGCAAUUGGUUGGGAUCAAUUUGUGGGCCUAGUGUACGAAAACCCAGAGCCAAUUUCUCCCGAGUAGAAGUUACAUGUAUGACGUUGGGCUUCAUCACAUUGUUAUUGAUGGUUAUAGUGGCUGUUUAUAAAUCAUAUAAACAGAAGCAAUUUUUGAGGAGAUCCAACAGACCCAUGCAAGGCCAACCAAAACUUGUGAUUCUUCACAUGGAUAUGGCAGUACACACUUAUGAAGAUAUAAUGAGAAUCACUGAAAAUUUGGAUGAGAAGUACAUCAUAGGAUGUGGUGCUUCUGGCACUGUCUACAAGUGCAUACUGAAGAAUUCCCGACCUAUUGCAAUUAAGCGACUUUACACCCAUUAUUCACACAACCUGAGAGAGUUUCAGACUGAACUAGACACCGUUGGCUGCAUCAAGCACAGAAACUUGGUCAGCUUGCAUGGCUACUCAUUGUCCCCGCAUGGCAAUCUUCUGUUUUACGACUACAUGGAGAAUGGUUCUCUAUGGGAUCUUCUGCAUGGGCCAUCAAAGAAAGUAAAACUUGAUUGGGACACUCGUUUGAAGAUAGCAGUCGGAGCUGCUCAAGGGCUUGCUUACCUUCACCAUGAUUGUAACCCUCGAAUUAUUCAUCGAGAUGUCAAGUCAUCAAAUAUCCUACUCGAUGAGGAUUUUGAUGCUCAUCUCUCAGAUUUUGGGAUUGCAAAAUGCAUACCAACUGCAAAAACUCAUGCAUCAACUUAUGUUCUGGGUACAAUUGGCUACAUUGAUCCCGAGUACGCCCGAACCUCUCGACUGACUGAAAAAUCUGAUGUUUAUAGCUUUGGCAUCGUUCUUCUAGAGCUAUUGACAGGAAAGAAGGCAGUAGACAAUGAAUCUAACUUGCAUCAACUGAUAUUGUCAAAGGCAGAUGACAAUACGGUCAUGGAGGCAGUCGACCCUGAGGUCUCUGUUACAUGUGUGAAUGUAGACCAUGUCAGAAAGACCUUUCAACUUGCUCUGCUUUGUGCAAGGCACAAUCCUUCUGAGAGGCCAACGAUGCAUGAAGUUGCCCGGGUUUUAGUCUCUCUGCUUCCACCUCCUCCCACAAAACCUUCAUCAGUGUCCCCGAAGGCUAUUGAUUAUGCCCAGUUUGUGAUCGACAAAGGACAGCAGCAAUCUGUGAGGCAGCAGCCGCCUGGCCAGCCAGACAAUAACUCAUCUGACGCGCAGUGGUUUGUUAAGUUCUAAGUCAUAUCUUAAAACUCAUUAAGCUUCACAGUUUUUACAUCCUUGGGAAAAGAUCAAACAAUGUGCAUGCACAGAGGAUCCCAAAUUUUGAUUAUACUUGGUUUUCUUCUCUAGAAUCUGAAGAAUAGAUGUAAAUUAUCCAUACUUGGUUUUGAGGGCGGGAAGUAUAAGUGAAAUUGGAAGAUGAAUCUAUCUUAGCAGGUAUACUAAUCAACUCUUUUGUACAAGCUACUUGGGAUUUGUAGUGUGUACACUUACUGUAAGACUGUCUAUAUUGAUUUGAUCAACUAAGGUUUGCCUGUUUCAA